AUGAUCCUGAAGCUUGACAUUCGUAAAACCUACGAUAGAGUGGAUAGGUCUUUCCUGGUGGCUGUGCUUGUAAGGUUUGGGUUUGUUCUUGGAAGGUCGAAUGCUCACAAGAGAGCUCAAGGGAUGUGGAAGGGCAUUGAGAUUGCUCGAGGGGUGGACUCCACAACUCAUUGUCAGUUUGCUGAUGACACCUGUCUUUUUGGUGUAGCUUCUAUGCACGAGGUUUUGGUUAUGAAGAAAGUGCUGAACAGAUUUAGUUGGGCCACUGGUCAGGAAAUAAAUUGGCUCAAAUCAGAGAUCUUUUUCUUCCACACAGAAUGUUGGUCACAGAGAGCUAUUGCUAGAUUAUUUGCGAUAAAGAUUGGACAAAUGCCUGGUAAGUUCCUUGGUAUGCCGCUCUUUUCUGGAGCAGGUAAGAUGAACAUUUGGAAAGGGUUUCUAUAUGGUUACAAAGCAAAGAUGGAGGGAUGGAAGAGCAAGUGGCUUUCCUUGGCUGGUCGUCUUCUGAUGCUGAAGUCAGUUGUCUUGGCCAUGCUUAUCUUCCCUAUGGCCUAUUUUAAACUCCCAGGUUCGAUCAUUAAGAAUAUGCAGCAGAAGAUGAGAAAGUUUUUGUGGAAUGGAAACAAGGAAUAG